AUGCGGCCAGAGGGAAGCUCGAAAGGCGAGGGCCAUGCCACGGAAGGAGAUGGCCUGCUAGGGGUCGGUUUGGCCGCGCCCGACGCCCCCCCCCCUCCCCGUCGCGGGUGCCGCCCGCACACCAUGAGGCUUGCUGACUCCCGCUGGCCGCGCGGAGUGCUGAGUGCGCUUCGGCCGCUCGGCAGGCCGCUCGGGUGCGCGUCCGGUGCGGUCGCCUCGUCGUUGCUCCUGCUCGCGUGGUGGGCGCGGGAGCUCGCCGGCGAGCUGGACGACCUGAGCCUCCGGGAGGACCCGCUCGUGGCGCGCCUCUCCGAGCACUGCGGCGCGCGGGGGCGCGAGGAGCUGGAGCAGGAGCGGGAGGGCGAGGAGCAGGGCCUGCGGCUGCACAGCGUCCUGGUGAUCGCGGGCCACGGCGACAGCAGCCCCGAGGCCGCGUGGCCCGGGGAGGCGGGCGCGGGCGCGUCGUGGGACUGCACCCCCGAGGUGCUGCCCCGCUACUGGCGCCUCAACGGCCUCGUCCGCUUCCGCGUGGCCACCGCGGAGGGCCGGGCCCUGGAGCGCUCCUUCACGCCCGAGCUGGGACCGCAGGGCUACGCCUGCGGGCCCGGGCAGCUCACGGGCCGGGGCUUCGUGCAGAUGGCGCGCCUUGGGCGCGACCUGUCGGCGGCGUAUGACGGGCAUAUUGGCCGGGCGGCGGCUGCGGGCUGGCGGCUGCUGCGGGUCCGGAGCCUGGACUCCAGGCGCUCCUUGGCGUCAGCCGUGGGCCUGCUGAUGUCACUGCUGGGGACGCCAGAGGCGCUGGCGGCCCUCGGCGAGGGCUCGGAGCUGCGCCUCGCCGUGGAGCCGAACGCCUCCGCCGACGUCCUGGCGGCGCCCGAGGGCGCGCCGCUGGGCGGGCUGCGCCCCGGCGACCACCUGCUGGCCCGCUGGUGCCGGAGCCUGCCGCUGCCCUGCGCGGCGGGGGGGCGCUGCACCACCCUGGAGGAGGCCGGCGGCCUGCUCGAGAGGGGCGAGGAGGGCUUCUGCAGGUGGCUCGCCUCGCCGCCCGGCGCCGCCUGGCGCCGCCGCUUGCUCGCCGACUGCACGCGGAGCUCAUCGGCGGCGGCGGCGCCCUCGCGGUGUGGAGCGCCGACGGCCCGCUGCUGGCCGCCGCGCGGGCGGCGCUGCUCGGGUCGGGCGCCUGCGGCGGCGCCGAGCUGGCGGCCCGGCCGCCCUUCGCUUCGCACCUGGAGGGGCCCAUGGCGGGCGACGGCCUCGCGGCCGCCUGCGCCGAGGAGGACUUCCGCGGCGCGGUGGAGAGCGCGGUCGCGAGGAUCGCCGAGGCCCACCAGCGCGAGAUCAGCGGCCUCAUCCAGCAGCUCGACGCCCUUCGCGCCGGCCUCCCGGCGGGAGCAGCCGACGCACCCAAGGGGCACGGGACGCCGCUGGCCCCGCCCGCGGGCGCCCAGGCGGCGGCGCCGUCCCGGAACCACGCGCCCAUGCCGCCUCCGUGCACGCAGCAAGCCUUGGUGCAGAUCCCAGGAGGAGAGCCCGUGCUGGAGGAGGGUGCAGCCUGCCAGGUCUCGCCGCGGCAGCGGCGGGACGACGGCGGCGAGGGCGGCGAGGGGGGCCGCAUCAGCACGAUCUCGGCGGUGCCGUGGGAGCAGGCGGAGGGCGCAGCCGAG